AAACCAACUUGGACCUUUGUCACAGAAUCGAAUGUCCUUGGCCGCUGGUCGAUUUGUAACCGGACAGGAAGUAGAAUUUACUUAAGGAAUUUCGGAUGUAAACCGCCUGAAUAUCCUUAAGUUAAUGUUCAUGCUAACAUGCUAAAGCUAGCAGAUGACACGAUAAAGCUAACUGCGUUGAUUUGUUUGUGUCCGGACAGAAACAUGUUCACUGACGUCAUGACGGUCUCGUCCUGCUUCAUGUCAAGUGACUUCACGUGAAACUGUUUCUCUCUUGUUACGAGCUCAGUCCCCGGAUUGUUCCAGCGGAGUUUAGAGUUCAGCACAAAGGAAACUAAACAAAGAAAUGUCCCUGUCACGUGUUUCAGAGUUUCACUGUCUGUCACGUGUUUCAGUGUCUGUCACGUGUUUCAGAGUUUCAGUCUCUGUCACGUGUUUCAGUGUCUGUCACGUGUUUCAGAGUUUCAGUCUCUGUCACGUGUUUCAGUGUCUGUCAGGUGUUUCAGUCUCUGUCAGGUGUUUCAGUCUCUGUCAGGUGUUUCAGUCUCUGUCAGGUGUUUCAGUCUCUAUCACGUGUUUCAGUCUCUGUCAGGUGUUUCAGUCUCUGUCAGGUGUUUCAGUCUCUGUCAGGUGUUUCAGUCUCUGUCAGGUGUUUCAGUCUCUGUCACGUGUUUCAGUCUCUGUCAGGUGUUUCAGUCUCUGUCACGUGUUUCAGUCUCUGUCAGGUGUUUCAGAGUUUCAGUCUCUGUCGGGUGUUUCGGUCCCCGUCGGGUGUUUCAAUCUCUUGUCAGUUGUUUCAGUGUUUAAGUCUCUGUCGGGUGUUUCAGUCCCUGUUGGGUGUUUCCUGAACCCAGACUCUCGUCACGUCACUGUGGUGCUGGAUCAGGAACCUUUAGACCAGCUACUUGACUCACUAUGGUGGUGGAUCAGGAACUAGCUACUUGCUUCUUACAUUUGACUGAAUCUUUGUUGUAACAUGUUUCUUCAGGCAGGAUGUUGAGGCUUCGCUGUAAGACCAAAAAUGGCAGCCACAUCAUGCAGGGCCUGACCCACCAGUCGUGUGUCCAGGAGCUGAAGAGGAAGGUGGAGGAACUGACCGGGAUCCCCUGUGACGUGCAGAAGAUCAUGGUGGGUUAUCCCCCGUCCAGCCUCGACCUUCAGAACGGAGACGCUCACCUGCAGGACUACCCCAUCAAGUCAGGAGACACGCUGAUUGUUGAGGAAGAAAAAAACAAGCCGAAGCCUCAGGAUCUUCCGUCUGUGACUAAAGCUCCUCGACUGGAAACCUCCACCAUGUUGGCUCGUCGAGUGGUUCCUGCUGACAACUCGUGCCUCUUCACCAGUGUCUAUUAUGUGGUGGAAGGUGGAGUGUAUGACCCCGUGUGUGCUCCUGAGAUGAGGGGCCUCAUUGCCCAGAUCGUGUCCAGUGACCCUGCAGCCUAUUGUGAAGCGGUGCUGGGAAAGACCAACGAGGAGUACUGCUCCUGGAUCCGACGGGACGAUACCUGGGGAGGAGCCAUCGAAGUUUCCAUCCUGUCCAAGUUCUACCAGUGUGAGAUCUGUGUGGUGGACACUCAAACGGUCCGAGUGGAUCGGUUCGGGGAGGAUGCCGGUUACCACAAGCGCGUGCUGCUCAUCUACGACGGCAUCCACUAUGACCCGCUGCAGAAAGAAGCCGCCAGCUCCGACGCCCCGCCCCAGACUAUCUUCUCCACCACGGACGACGUCAUUCUGGCCCAGGCCCUGGAGCUGGCGGACGAGGCUCGACGCAAGCGUCAGUUCACGGACGUAAACCGCUUUGCGUUGCGCUGCAUGGUGUGUCAGACCGGCCUGGUGGGACAGAAGGAGGCUCGGGAGCACGCCAAGGAGACGGGCCACACCAACUUCGGGGAAGUUUGAACAGGUUUGAAUUUGUUGGGUCUUUUUUCUGCUCUGAAAUAGAACCGCCACCAAACCCCCUGUCUGACUGUCUGACUGUCUGUCUGUCUGUCUGUCUGUAUGACUGACUGAUUGACAACUGUCUGUCUGCCUGCAUGCCUGUCUGUCUGUUCGUGAUCCUCUACCUCACAUUGUCCAGUGACAGACUGUUCAGACUGUUCAGACACAGUAUUACUGUUGAAGGUCCUUGAUGUCAUCAUACCAUCAGCCGGUCUGUGAUGUCAUCAGACCAUCAGCUGGUCUGUGAUGUCAUCAGACCAUCAGCCGGUCUGUGAUGUCAUCAGACCAUCAGCCGGUCUGUGAUGUUAUCAGACCAUCAGCUUGUCUGUUAGCGAUGGUUUUCAAUCUAUUUAACUGGGUCCCGGAAAAUAUGCAAAGAAUUCUCAGGAUGUUUGAAUCCGUUCAGAUUACAGUAGAUUUCUGCUCUAACCUGAUUCAAACUACCAUUUAGGAUUAUUUGUACGAUGAUGUGACCCGACUCACUUUUGUCUUAAUCUCAGAACACUACGUUUGACUGUUAUUCAUCAUGUUGCUUUUUUAUUUCCCACGUGGAUAAAGUGAUCAUUAUAUAACUGAAGGGUUCAGAUGUGUCAACGCUCAGAUGGAAUCAUGUCCACAUGAAACGUCACCUUUAACCUUUAACCUUCUGAGCUGCAGCCAGUGAGAUUGAGUUUAUGAAUUUUGAAAUACUAUGUUAUUAUAUAUUGAGUUGCGUCAUCAUUUACCAGUGAGCUUGUUUUAAAUUGAAUGAAUCAUUUUAGAAGUGACGGUGCUGAAAACAGAACAUUUGACAUCUUUGCUCUUUGGUACGACAGAUGUUCAGUUUGUAAUUCUCUUGUAGUUUUCAGUUGUCAUGCUGUAAGAAAUUAUCUUUUUAGAAACUUUUGUUGUAAACUGCUGCAUAUUUGGAAAAACACUUGAGUGAGAAUUGUACACAAGUCGUGAUGAGUCACGUUGUGUGUUCACAUACUUUUCUAAUCAACAUUAAUUUAACAGGAACCUUCUCUGUGAUUCUUCCGUUCAUGUGUUUGACGACGGAAUCUAAAGGUUCUGGUUUCAUCUGUCGUUUCCUUCGUCUCCCACUGUGUUUUACAAACUAUCAGAGAAGUUCUCACAUGUUCAGUCUCUGAUGUUUCACUGAACGAGGCAUUAACAUAUGGACGUGGGUUUUUUUUUCCUUGAAGCUCAGUUAAUUAUGCAGAGUCAGUAUUUCACUCCACAUAUCUGUGAUGACAAUUUUUGGACUGAGUUGUUUUACGAUUGAGGAUUUUAGAGUUUUAUUUGAUCAUUUUAGUUUUCAGACAGUAGAUAUGAAUAAACAAAUGUCUAAUGAAUCUUUGUUUGAAUGUGAAUCAUGACUAUAUUUCACCUCAUCUAUUUCAACAGAAAUAAUGGAUCUGUCAGUUUACAUUCAAGUGAAACUAUGAAAUAUCUCCAAGGUCAAUAACUGAAUGUUGCACACGGCACUACAGAACAACUGGACUUACUUGAUUUUUUCAGUGUGGUCACAAUUAAAGGUUGUAGCCAAUGGUUUGUGUACGAUUCAUUUUGUAUCAGCUGUUGCCUUUUAUUAGCUCAUCAUUCAAUGUCUGUUUUUUUUUUGUAAAUUUGUCAUAUCUAGUUAUUUUUAAGAUUCGGCUUUGCAGUUCACCAUCAAAGCUCUGGUGUUAAACGUGUUUAUCAAUAUUUCUGUCGUGUUAUAAUAAUGCCUCAGUUCUCAUGUCUGAAUUAAAUGUCCCAUAUUCA